UAAAAUGGCGUAUGACGAAAUGAUAUCCUCUUUAAUUCUUGCGAAAAAAAAAUAAUUUAUAAAAUUUAGAGGAACUUGUGACGUAAUUUACGGUGGUUGUGGUACAUUGGCCUCUGAUUGAUCGUUUCUUUCAUCUGAAAUACAUUGGGACGUCUUUUAGUCCCAACUGAAGAGAAAUGAGUCAAAAUGGCGAAGGUCCUGACGAAGGUGAUUCUUCAUCUUCCAAUUCCAAGAAAAGCGGAUCGCCAAGUAAACCUCCAAGACCUCCACCUCCAUCUAACUGCUCGAAAUUGAAGCGUCCUCCAAGUAUUCAACAGCAUCUAGAUGCUCUGCAGCCUUUAAAGGAAAAUCGAGUUCGUUGGUUUGUAAAAGAAGACAAGAAAUGGAUCCCAUUUAAUGGCUGUGAUUCCUUGGCUAUUGAACGCAGCUAUCGUCAAAUCCUGGCUCUUGAGAGCCGAGUUGAGGACAGUUCAAAGAUUCUUAAUACUUCUACGAUUUAUGAAAUGCCUACUGUUAAAGGUGGCUUGUAUGAGGUGGAUGUUGUUGCUAGGGAAUGUAAACCUAUAUACUGGAAAGAUGACAGUCAGCCAGUGUGUCGAGGAACUUGGUUCACUGGGACCUCUUCGCUGGAAACUUGGCAGCCACUUAGUGAGGAUGAUAGUGAGCAGAUUGAAGCAUCGCACCAGACUAUGCUAAGGGCUAUGGGAUUCCAACCUGGAAUAACUGACAGUGAUAAAGCAGUUUGUGAAAGCCAAGGACUUAGCCGGCUCACUCUGAAAGGUUUUUACGUGGAAUGGAAUGACAUCUCUGAUGUGUGGUUGUACUGGAAUGAUGUCAAAUCUAGAAUAAUUAGAAAUGUUGGAGGAAAGAUUGGAUUCUCAUCUGGCCCUGCAACACAGAUUCACCGUGGAUAUCACACAGUUGCCAAACCUGGUGACAGACCUCCCGACAUAUCUCAUUUGAUUUUUGUGGUUCAUGGAAUUGGACAAGUAAGGGACAGGAGCAGUAUUGUCAAGUGCUGUGUCAGCCUCCGUCAGUGUGCAGUAACAGUGAUAGAGAAACUUUUUAUGGAUGAUCCACCCGAUCACCGAGUGGAGUUUAUACCAGUGGAAUGGAGAUCAUCACUGAAAUUAGAUGAAGAUCAUUGAUGGUGUAAGAGAUGAAAUGAACCGUUUGUACACCAAAUUCUGCAUCAGAAAUCCUUCUUUUGAGGAAAGAAACGGCAAAAUUUCAAUAGUAGCCCACUCGUUGGGGAGUGUGAUUACAUAUGACAUCUUAACACUUUGGGACAUGGAAUUGAGACAUCUUCCUCAAGAUGCCACAAAAAGCACCGGCUUUCUUACAGAAAGCCUGCAGUACUUGCGGUCAGUGACCAGCUUGACGAGUAAUGAGCAGAAGGAGUCUGGGCCCAAGGCUAAGAAGAAAGAGAAUGUACGAGUUGAACUUGCCAAAGCUCGGAGCGAAGUGAUGAGGCUUGAGGCGAUGGUGUUGAGUGAGGUGGAGCACGAGAAACAAGGCGCUGAAAAAAGCUGGGACGAAUGCCCUUUAGCGCUGAGGUUUAAGGUGGAAAACUUAUUCUGUGUUGGAUCGCCGCUAGCAGUAUUUUUGACACUUCGAGGGCUCAGACCACAAGACGACGUUGAAGAUCACGUGUUACCAAAGUCUGUUUGCAAGCGUGUGUUAAAUAUUUACCAUCCAGCUGACCCUGUGGCCUACCGCUUAGAACCAUUGCUGAGUGCAGACUAUAGCAGCAUUCCUCCGGUACAACUACACCGCUACGACAGUAAACAGUCAGGCUACACUGAAACUAAACCAACUGGUAAGAUUUCCAAGUGGGGAGGUAUUUUAGCGGCAUAUCGAGUUGGUUUCUCUAAACAAAAAACAGACGAUGAAGCUAGUGAUCGAUCAAACAGCCCAAACAGUGAGGAAAAUACAGAGGAAGACCUCGUGGUUGUACACAAUGCCGAAUCUGGGGAAGGCGCUCAAGACGACGAAGGAGCUUCAUGCACUAUCACCGACGGCGGUUCAUCGACUUCUUCCAAGCGGACAGGUUGGAUCGCGAGUUUGUUCGGUUCUUCUAAACCAUCCACGUCCAGUAACUCCAGCCAGGAAUCGGAAGAAACGUCAGAAACAGAUGGCGGUGUCAAGAAGAAACCAGAACAAGCAAAAAAUGAAGAACACCUCUCAGUACCAUCGAAAGUUUUAAAGGAACGACUCGACUUCACUCUCCGAGAAGGAUACAUGGAAAGUAACUACUGGUCUGCAGUCACCUCCCAUGUAUCGUACUGGGGGUCGUGUGAUGUGACACGAUUCGUUCUAGAGAAUUGCCUGGAUCCAGCACAAAAUAUGGACCAACCUUAAGAUGAUUGGAGAAAAGUAAGACAUCAAUAUUUAUAUUGAUAAUUGUAUGGUUGGUAGAUAAUCAGAAAUUGCCUGGAUAGCUAUUAUUCUUUAAUUUCAAGUAAAACUGUCCAAUUAAGGAUUUAUUUAAAUUGUUUCAUACUAGCCAAAUUAAUCCCAAAUUGGACAGUUUUAAAAAUUUAAAGAAUGAUAGCGGACUGAGCAAUGCCCAAAUACAACUGACCAGCUAUAUAAUUAAUAAGUAAGACUGAGGACUGCAUGCUGUCCAAUUUUGGAAAUAAUUGGAUUCAAAAAAUUUCUCUUACUACUAAAUUGGACUCAGCCUACGGCCUCAUCCAAUUUGGGGCUUCCUCAGAAUUUUUUUUAUGCAGUUAUUUCCAAAUUGGACCGCAUAGAGUCCCAUUACAUAUACCAAUGUAAGGACCUGGGAUCUCUAGUAAUUCACUUCAGUUAGUUCACUGAGAAUGGAAAUUUUCUUUACUAUUUCUGGAAAAUAACCCAAAGAACUAGAGCCAAGAGAAUGUUUUUUUCAAAUUUUAUUCAUUUUUGGUUAGUUACGCUUGCAAAAGCACUUCAGAUGGACUAUUUUUAUCUACCUGUAAGUGUGGCUGGAAUAUGUUUUAACUCGAGGUGAUCUAGAGUGGAGUAGCCCUGGCUUUAUUGCAGUUUCAAAAGCUUGAAUAGGUGCUAUAGAAAUAUUAUUUUGCAGCAGUUGUGUCGUAGGGCUCAAAUGAAGAAUGUUUGAGAUGUCAUUUAAGAGAAAUUGUAAUGAGAUUUAACAGUGAGGAAGCGAGGCCUUCACAACGGUAGGCGCACAAUCUUGAGGACGCCGUUGCGUUAUGAACACGGCGUGAAAAAGUGUGAAUUGCGUUGCGAUGGAUUCGCGCGCAUGUCAUUUCACUGGUCAUUGUUUUUAGUUAAAUCUACCAUGGAUGACACAAACUUAUUCGUUGUAAAAAAUUGUUUACAAACCCUGUAUAGACUAGUUUAUGUCAAAUCAUUACUUGGACAGAAAGAACUCCAAAUUCUCUUCACUAAUUUAUAAGGAAAUAUUGAGCUGCUGGUUAUGAGAAUCACUAAUCAGAUCUUGGGAGGUAAAUAAUUUUAACGCAGUCUUGUUCCCCUGUUCUGGAAGUUAGGUCUGCAUCUGCGAUCAACCUUGUUCCCAGGGCCUUUUCCCUUAGUUAGGGGGUGGGGCGGGAAAGGGGAAAAGGCCCUGAGAACGAGGUUGGUCUGAGAUUGUUGGCAUAUAGCCGGUUCUGUUGCAAUUCAAAAGGAUUUCUCAUCACUAGCUAUCUAAACUAUUUUGAAUACAUAAAAAAAUCUUAGGCUAUUCAUAAAAUCCUAUAAACAAAUAAAUAGUUUAUCUUGAUAUUUAGUGUAAAUAUGUGACAAGCAUGUGGACUAAAAAAAAAAACUGACUGGUAUUUUUUACGCGGUGUCUUGUACUGAAAAAUGUCAAGAAUGGUUCAAUAAAUAAAUCGUAAAGUUGUGCA